AUGUCGUGCACAGCCAUCAGACUACGUCAAUUUAUAGAUCCUACACCCUACCUCCCUCCAGGCACCGUUAUUCGCCAAGGAAAGGACAUUCAAGGGUUCUAUCCUGGGCAACUAGGACGGGUACAUAAGGCAUGCAUGCCUGAAAUAGCUCCAGGACCUUUCAUAAAACUGCACCCAGCUCCAGUACAGCAUGAAGUUGAAACUCAGUACCAACAUGACUUUGAUAAUUUAACUCUUCAGGGGCAUGUCCUUUUUCAAGGGACAAUGAAGAAGGCAAUGAAUGAUUGGUACAAGCAAACCACGUACAAAGAAGAAUUUGCACUGCCAUUUUACAAUAUGGACCGUGAUGAGGAUAAAUACACACCAAGAACUGAUCCUGGACCACUGACAAUCUGGAGAAGCAUUGCUGAUCCAAAAAAGUAUAACCUGCCCUUGCUUGUGAGAGAGAAGUAUUUCAGCUGA